AUGGCGCCAAAAGUAGAGACAGGAGGGCAGACGUGUCAGAAGCGCAAAGGAAACUCGACUGAUGCAGGAGGCUCGCGCAACAAACGGCAAAAGACGCAACGCGAUGCUCGUACUCUAGCGGUUCAGACAAGCUCCAAGGCUUUCAAGAAUGGCGAACUCGAUGUAGGAGCGUUUGUCAAGGCUCGUGAAUAUGAGAUCCGAGCCUUGGAAGAAGGUAUGGCGCGGGCCAGAAAAGGCUUGACACAAAGAGCCUUCCAACAAGUGCCCAAGGAUCUGAGACGCAGGACGGCCAGUCACAAUGCUAAGAGAGUGCCCAAGAGACUGCGCCGUCAGGCUGUAAGAGAGAUGACCGAGGACAAUACACCCACCGUAACAUCUCGCCGUCGAAAGCCCAGCGGCCAUAUGCGCCUUCGCAUGGACACCGUCAGUCGUCUGCGCAAGCUACAUUUCAAGACCAAGUCAUCCGAUAUGGAUGGCAUCGUUUCCAGAGCUCCUCGGGCCAAGAAGAAUAAACUCGCAUCUCCUCCUGUGCCCAAGGCAAAGUAUCGCAAACGCCAGCUCCUAAAGACAUGGCUGCCCACACACAUGUUCCACGCAAAACGAGCCCACAUGACUCCACCUGCUCAACCUCUAUGGCGAUUUGCCCUGCCCUUGACAUCAACUGUCAAAAGCUACCGUCCAACUCAUCGUGCGAGCAAAGAUCGUGGAGCUGUAGCUUGGGAUACGAGCUACAUGUCUUGCAUCAGCAUACACGGUAACCAGCAGAGUAUAGAGUCUCUUCUUCGCGCACUUGGUCUUGGCUCCAACGAUGCCGCGUGGUCUUCAAGAGGCCAGAAGUGGAGGUCGGGUUCUCGUAUCUGGCAAGGUUGGCUCUAUGAGCGUGACAUGUAUCCGAAUCGGCCCAUCGCUCCUGCCACAGUCAUCUGGCGGGCAGAGCCAAUCCCGGCCCCAAAACCAUCGCGUCAAGUCUUGCUUCGUGUACACCCAUCAGCCUUUUCUCAACUUUGGGAUCAACUCACCCAAUUAGCCAAGGUCCAGAAGCCUCAACUGACUGUCGAAGAUUUGCGAUUCGAGAUUGGAAGCAUUGAAGUCGUCGGUCCUGCCUCAACCGAAGCACUAACGAGUGCUCUCUGGCCUGUAAAGUCUGGCGAGGAAGGAUCUGUCGAAAAGAGUUGGCCAUUAUUGUCAGGCAUACAAGAUCCAUCCACUUUGCCUUUCAAUGCUCUUGUCGCUUUUGACAUAUCCGACCCCAGAUUGCAUCACCCCCCAAGAACUGCACCUUUUGCUGUUGGAACCGAAGAGUCUCAGCUGCUCGAUUUGCUAACGCAAUGGCCUUUUGAUGUUGCACCUCUAAAACCGGGCAUAUUUGAUCGCAAAAAGCGCCAGGCAUCCUGCCGUGCGCUUCAGAGUCAAAAAGGCAUCAACCGUCGCAAGACUGCCGCCACGCCAGGAUCCUAUCCCGAGCCAUUGUCCCAAGACCCUCGGAUACCAAUCAUGGCGUACCCUUCUCCCAUCCAACCUAAUUCGAGGCAAGGAAGCAAAGAGCGCGCUCUGUGUUCAUGGACCAUUAUCUUACCAUGGAAAGCAGUUCCGGCCGUUUGGCAGAGUCUUAUGUACUACCCCAUCUCGACUGGCGGACAAGUGAGAAUGGGGGGGUUAGAAGAGCAACGCCAGAUUGCCUUUGAGACGGGUGCCCCUUGGUUCCCUGGCGACUUCCCAGGUACGCAGGCAGGUGAUGAGUGGGAGGUUUGGGAAGGCGCCAAGAGAAAGGCGCAAUGGGAAGCGAAGCCCAAAGGCAAAAGAGUUGAGUGGGACAGCCUUGUACUGGCUCCUGGUGAAAAGGGCGAGCAUGGCGAGGGAUGGGCUUGUGAUUGGGCCCUCGUCCUAGAAGCUGCUGCGGGCAAAGGAACUGGUGAUGCUGUAUCAAAGGUUCAUCACAUCGCUCCCAGUCUUGCCAAGAGCCUAGUCUUAGGACAGACGACGUCCACAGAUGUCCUGGCCAACGCGAUCUCUACUGUUCGCAUCUCUCUCCUUGGACGCGGAACGCCAGAUCCUUGUGCGAGAAUCUAUCGAUUGCCGACAGUACAUGGUUUGGAAAAGAACUCUUUGCGCGAUCAGUGGCUAGCCCUUGACCCCGCCAGAGUGGAUUCUCGUGCUCAGAAGAAGAAGCGUCAACGAAGCCUGCCCUUGGGCAUCCUCAAAGGCUCUUGUUCGACCGAUGCGCAACAACAACUGGCUGCAGAUUUGUUAAACCCUCCUCGAUCUGACGAGCACGACUGUUGUCCACCGCUUCCCGGUAGAGAUGACCUAAUUGGCUUCGUCACGAAGGGCGAGUUCAGUCUGACAAAAGGUGGAGGCGUUGCCAUUGGCAGCGUCUUUGUUCAGAAGCUCACGAAUCACACUGAUGGCACAUCACACAUGUGCAUUGUCAGGAAUGCUGGAGAAACGAUUGGCCGGUUAGGAAAGUUGGACUUUGUUUAG